AUGGAGGACAAGAUCUUCGAAUCGUCGCGAAACAUCACCAUCAAGCUCCACCACCGUGUCGGCAAAUACGUGAAGCUGAGGCUUCAUUUCUCGGACAGAUGGAUCAUGAUCAGCGAGGUGACCUUCGACUCUGUCUCUCCGUGUCGCAGAUACGCCGGUGGUUCGUUGCCGACACUACCGCGGGAUCUGGGGAAUCGUUUUCUGGACAUCGUGAAACUCGACGACUAUCAAGAACCGUACCAGGCCCUCAAGUACGCGCCGUACUACAGCUACAGCACGGUCGUUAUGGAGAUGAAAGACAUGAUGCUGAACAACAAGGGCAGCAACAUCAAUCACUCAGUUGACACAUCGUACGAUUAUGCGGUACCGGAACUCGGCACGGUGCCCCUGCUCAACCAGGACGGAACAGGACGCGGCACCCCCGCCGCCUCCACCGCCGCCACUGACCAGGACACCAUCUUCUCCAAGACGUCGUCGCGCGGUAACAAGACGGAGAACAAGAAGUCGCCGACUCAACAGGAGGUGCUCUCGGCCCUGAAGAGACGUCUGGAGCAGACGAGCGUCCCGCUCUUCCCACGGCAUCGCCUCCGCAUGCUCUCGAAACUCGCCGAAGGGGCCUUCGGAACGGUGUACGUGGCGGAAGCAGAGGGGAUCCCGGAGUACGGAACGACGACCACCCUGGGCAAGCGUCUCGUCGCCGUCAAAUUUUUACUGCCGGAAGCCAGCGAGAAAGAAAAGUUGGAUUUCCAACGAGACGUCAGGAUCCUGGCCGCCCUCGAGGAUCGUAACAUAGCAAGAGUGCUGGGAGCUUGCUACCGCGAGGAGCCGUACUGCGUGGUGAUGGAGUACCUGGAGCACGGCGACCUCUGUCAAUUCCUGAAGACGCAUAUCACUGCCGAGGACGCCCAUUCCAUGCCGAUCGGUGUCAAAACGCUUAGGCGACUCACGCCGUUGUUCCCUCGUUUCAGUUUCAACUGUCUCAUCUACAUGGCGGCCCAAAUCGCGUCGGGCAUGCGGUACCUGGAGAAUUUGAACUUCGUGCACAGGGAUCUGGCUACUAGGUGAGAAUUGCUUGGUGGCAAAGCUUAUCACAUUAAAAUCUCGGAUUUCGGUACGGACAACGAAUUGUACGCGAGCGAUUAUUACAAAGUCGAUGGCACGGUGCCACUGCCGAUACGCUGGAUGGCCUGGGAAUCCAUAUUCCUGGGCAAAUACACGACGAAGAGCGACGUAUGGGCGUUCGCGGUGACCCUGUGGGAGAUCCUGAACCUUGGCAGACGGGUCCCUUACGAGCACUUGUCGAACGAGGAAGUGGUGCAGAGCCUGCGACGAUUGCAUCGGGCCGAUUGCGCCACCGACACCGAUGCGGAGAACAGCGGAUGCAAGGAGAAUACCGAUAACCUUUUCGGCUAUUUACCGCAGCCGACCGCGUGCUCCAAAGAUAUUUACGAUUUGAUGCUCGACUGUUGGCGGCGGGAGGAGAGCGAGAGGCCAACCUUCCGGGAGAUCUCGAUGUUCCUGCAGCGGAAGAACCUCGGCUACGCGCCCACAUCCUGAUAUUGAACGUUUGGCAAGGUCGAGGAGCACACGGUUUGUGGCGGUUGCCACGUGUGCCCGGCUAAACGUCGCUCAUACUUUGACCACGAGAUGGUCGAAGAUGCCGUUUACCCGCAUUGGAUAACCGUGAGAACCAAGUUCUGAAUUCUUCGACAGCCAUUUCCCUCGAAACCUCGGAAAGAUUUCGAGCGACCGAAAAAAGGUGUAUACACAUCGAAGAAGAAGGGAAUACAACGAUACGGUCCAAUAUCGGUUUCCGGCAACGAAAUCGAACUCUUCAGAUUCUCUUCGAUUUUUUUUUUUUUUUUUUUUCUUCCCCCUGUGAGAUAAUGUCGUAUCGAGCGAUUUCGAUUCGAUUGAGAUUUAUUCAAUUAGGAACUGAAAGUGAAAUAAACUUGGGAAACGAUUUUCAGGGAUGGCGGACGUGAAUCUGCCCGUGUAGAUAUGGUAGGAAGCUACUCUACCAUAGAUUCGUGAAAAUAUCGUAAAGAUUUGCUUAGUAGAUAAGUGAGGAAGGGGGAUCGUGACGAAACGAUUCUCGAUCGCGGAGAAAUAUUCGACGAGGGCGUUGUUUUAGACGUAAGGAAAACAAACGUAAAACUGUGAAACUCCGACAAUCGAAGAGAGCGCGACCUUUGUUCAAAAGGAAAUUCGCGCCAAGUUUCGCGCCAAUUUCGCGCGCUGGAUCUCGUGGAUCCUCGAUAUGAUCGUCGAAAAUUUAGGAGCAAUAUCGUGUAAUUAUAAUACAGCUGUGAACAUUCCUGCAUGGAUUUAAAGAUACGUUUAUUAUCUUCGAGGUAAAUAAGGGAUAUUCGUUUAAGAUUUUAAAAGUUACCUUCCGAGACGAUUAAUGUCUUUCUUUUGUAACGAAACAAUAAGAGAAGAAAAUUAAGGAAUAUGGAAAGGAAUAUGAAAAGUCAAAAAAGAAGGAAAGAAAAACGGGGAAAAAGCAUUGCAUCGACGUAUGGCAAUACGGUAUAACUAAAUAUCAAACUCACUUUCGUGAGUUGUUAAUCGAGUAAAGAAAAGGAAAAAAAAAAAAAAGAAAAAAAAAGAAAAAAAAAAGGAAAAAGAAAUUAUAUGAGAACAAGUGUGAAUGCGUGUGUUUGUGAACGUGUAGAUGGUUACAAUUCAUCGUGCGUAAAUUUAUCGUAAUCAGGUUAGGCUCGAUAGACUUCGAACGAAUCGACAGACUGUCGAAGCAAGACUGUCGAAUUUCUCGUGUAACGUCAUAUUACACGAUAGAGAGCUCUCAUCGCGUACAAAUUGUACACGAGAAAGAUUCGUAUCACGAUGUAUCAUUUUCUCGAUCUGCGUAUCUUGGCCAUCGAAUCGCGCUGAAAUUAGAAUAAGAUUUACAAAGUUAAACUGUCAAUAUAUCUUAUUUCAAAGAGAACAAAAAAAGAAAAAAAAAAAAAAAUUGUAAAAUUU